AUGAAGGCGGCCCCAGACCCCAAGGACGUCUCGGACGUGCCCUACAGACCCAGAGGCUUCGUGCUUCGCGCUGAGCCCUCCUGCUGUCUUGCACGGCUCUCCCCGAGUUCAAGCCCGCUGCGCAGGGUUCUCCCAGCCAGCGGGCUCCGCAGGCGGUCCGCGGGCGGCGGGCGCCGAAAGAUCGCCCAGGAAGGUCUCUCCUGGGACGGAUGCGCACGGGAGCGGAAGCACACUGGCGAAGUGCAUGGAGCGAACUCGAACGGCGUGGGCAAGUUGCGGAAGGACAGCAGGCAGCACGCGGGUCUCUUCGGCUCCGGGGCGCCGACGGAGUUCGUGGAGAGGGUCUGGGGUGUGUGCCCGCGGAGCCGCUGGUCCAUGGCGCCUGCUGCGGAGGUCAAGAGACCGCGGUGGGCCGACAUGGAGGACUCCGACGGCGAGCAGCACGAUCGCGCAGGCGGCUGGCAGCAGUGGGCCGACACGUCGAACGAGGAACAUCAUGCUGCAGGCGAGUCGUCCAGCGCGGCUCCGAGUGAGCACACUGAGUCGAAGGCCCACGUCUCCACCCUGCACCUGAAGCGCUGCGUGGGCGGCAAAAAGGCCGCCGUGACCAACGGUGACAACGCCAACCUGAGAGCAAAAGGGCAGUUAUCGGAAGCGCGCAAGGCAUACGAGGAGCUAAAGAGCGACAUGCCUAAGGAGGUUGUCGAGAGUUUUGAGACAGCCUGGAACUUAUUCAACCCUUUGGUAGGCAGACCGCAAAGAGAGAACAGAUAUGUUCAAGCUUGGGUGCGAAAAUCCCGGGUCGACUAUUGCCGCAAGGUGUUGAACGAGUACCAGAGAGCAGGUGGGCAGGCAACUCUCGGCUUGAAGUUCAUACUUCAAGACGUUAAGGAUAUUUCGUGCAAGUGUAACGGCAUGAACCAUAACAUAUUGCUGAACGCCGUCAAAGAAAAGGCAAGCGCGGGUAUGGCGAAAGGUGUCGCGAUGCGUCUUUCUCAUGCUCACGGGCCAGCAUGA